AAAAAACGCGGCCACUUCGUAUCUCACUGGUACUAGCGUUCUUCAUAUAUAAGAAAUUGAUUUCUUGAGGCCGCUCCUCCUGUGUGUCGAAAACUAAACAACAAGUCAGUUUCAGUUUUUGUCUUUGUUUCACAGGAAGGAGGUCGGCCAAAAUAUCGGUGUUAGUGCAGAUGCAGAAGCUACUCGUGCUCACUUGAGCAACGGCCUCUACUUGAUGCACGUACAUUAAGAAGUUUUCAUUCGAAAUCGUCUAAGUACCGUUACCGGUUUUAGAGCGCUCAAACCAAGAGGCCGUCGAGCUACAAAACGUGAUUAGUAUUUAUUAGAUAGAUCGUUGUGCCCCGCUCCCGCUCGUAGUUUUUUCUGCUUCGUAUCGACAUCGAUGAAAUCGUCGUAAACGUACUAAAACUCGUCAUUUUCUUAAUGCCCUCUUCCCUGUAGCUACGGGACAGUCGAGAAUAUUAAACAUCGUGCCUUCUAAAACUUAAAUUCAAAGGCAACAACCAGUAGAAAUAAACCAUGUCCGUCGUAGUUUAAGGACAAAAAUCUCGUGUCUGUGUCGUCCAUUGCACAGACAAGCAGUACGAGGACAGCAGGAAUUCCGAAAAUCUUUCGUUGCCGCGGGCGCCGGUCGUCUUCAUUUCUUUGCACAGCUACGUGGAAACGAGCCUUCGACUUCCAUACGGCGAUCCUUUUUUGUCGUGUUUCCUCCGUGCGUUGCCGAGCACGACGAUCAUGCUAAGCGUCAGCCUUGUCUAAGUGGCCGCGAAAGACCAGGCCGGGAGCUUCAACCUCCGAUCCUCGGUCGCUUUGUUCGAUGUCGACCACGACGGACCUGCAGUUCGUCGGGGGUCCCCCGGAAUCACCCCGGGUGGUGGACAACUCGCUGCUGAAGCAGUGGCAGUUCGUGAAGUUCCAGGGCACGCCCCCGCGGCAGCGCUCACUGCACGUGGGUAUCGUGCUGAACGACUGUUUGUGGAUUUUUGGCGGCUACGAUGGCAGCAACCGCGUGAAUGACCUGCACAAGUUUGACUUUAAGCGGCAAAAAUGGAGCACCAUCCAGACCGGCAGCAGUCCCUCGGUGCGCGAUCGCCACGUCGUCGUAGCUAUCAAAUGUAAAAAUGUCUGGGUCUGGAAACUUGUGAUGCUGAGUGGCGUAGCAUGAGGAGGCCACAAGUGCGCGACAAACUGCGUCUCCGCAUGACAGAGAAAAACGUCUCUUGGGCAAUGUGCAUGACAGAUUUAAGAGUCAUGCCAGACAAGCAUGUGCAUGACAAACAUGCAUUCUUCCAGACCCAGACACUUUUACAUUUGAUAGUAGCCUACAAAGACUCUCUGUACAUCUUCGGAGGCUACGACGGCAACAACCGGGUCAAUGACUUCUGGGAGUAUGAUUUUUCUACGAAAGAACCUGUCAUCUGUGUCUGUAGAUAAAAGUUUUUCGUUGACUUAGACCCAUCCGCACCCUCCUCUUCGUGAUACAUAUACCUGGAACAAGGGUCCUACUCGGCCUAGCUGAUGAUCAAGUAGAUCAUCUGUGUUUAUUGUCCCACACGACCAUCUUCAGGUUUGACACCGUGCAAAGCGAGUGGAGACAAGUGUUGGGGGAAGGCGCGCCACCCAGUGCUAGACAUAGUCACGCUGGAGUGGAACACCACGGAUCGACCUACAUCUUCGCCGGAUAUGACGGCAACUACAAGAACGACUUUCACGAGUUCAAUUUCGCAAAUAGAAGGUGGUCUCCAGUCAACGUCCGCGGCCAUCCACCAAAAGCAAGGUGCUUACUUCAGUAUCUUAACAGUAAACGGAAACGCCACGGUGUAUUCAAGUUCUGCACUCAACGCUCAUAGCGCAGAAGUUGAGCCGUCCUUUCUUACCACACGACUUGCCGCUCUGAUUUGUUGGCAAGGCAGUUGUUGUCGCGACUGAGUGAGGCGAUGCCUGCUCUCGAUGGUGGAAAAGAUGAAGACUUGUUUUAGUGGUUUCGCAAAUCAUUUAUACAACUGAAGGUACCGCACGUCCGCCGCGACUUACAAGAAUAAGAUGGUGGUAAUCGGGGGCCACGAUGGCCAGAAGCACCUGAAUGACUUCUACCAGUUCGAUUUUGAAACCGAAGUGUGGGCGCUCGUGGAAGUGAGCAACGGGUUCGCACCAAGCCCCCGGGAUAGUCACUCCGCUUCGGUUUACGGGGACUGCCUCUACCUUUUUGGCGGUAGUACGGGGGCAGCAAGGAACGAUCUGUAUGAGUUCAGAUUCGAGACAAACAGUAUCACAUGAAAAAAAAAAAUCCACCGGCGCCUCGGAUGAAUGUGGCUUGGCUUGAGCAUUAUUUCUUGCUAGCAUGUAAUCUAUGACUAUGGAAAAAGCCUGCAAUAAAAAAAGUGCGCUGUGGUUGUGCUUCCUUUUUGAGGCUCCACGUUGAAGUUUGCGUUGACAUGUUUAGCUGAAGUCACAACCAACCAAGCCGGAUGCCGGACCAGCAACCUUUUUUGCAAAUGAUAAACGCGUGGCGAGAAAUAAAACCACUCACCGCCGACUCGCCACAGCAAAGCGACGGACGCGAAGGUAUUAGUUAUUCGUAUACCUAAAAAAAACUUCGUUUGUACUUUUUUUAGCUGUCUUUCAUUUCGCUUUUCUCGUUUCGACCAACACCAAGCCUUAGCUUGUCGCGGGCUCGUGGACCUGUCACAGUCCGAUUUGUUUUGUUUAUGCAGAGAAAGAACAAGCGCAGCUAGCGCACUGGUAUUGGUGCUAGUAAGGAGCGCAUCCCCCCCAUCACCAAAUUGAUCAUGAAUAUAUAUGAAAAAUCCAGGCUCAUCAAGCAGCAAGUCCCAGAGUUGUACGCCCUGUCCCCGGUUUAUGGCGUUCUCAAAUGUUACAUUCUCAACUGUUACAUGAUUUGUCAUGCAAAAUUGCCUUCAGAAUCGACACCAGCAAGCUGCUUCGCAUGACAAAUUCUCAGAGGGCAAAACAGGCUGAUAAUCGGCGCCAAAUCUGUCAUGCAAGACGCGCAAGAUCCCCCCUAUCACUUCUGGCAUUCUUGCAUCACAAACUCAUGUAACAGUUGAGAAUGUAACGUUUGAGAACGCCAUACGGUUUUGCCACACCGGGGUCGUGUACAAUAGCACCCUCUACAUCUUCGGGGGCUAUGACGGACAAAAUCGGCUGAAUGACUUCAAGGCGUUUCGGCUCGUGGAUGAAGUCAACGUGGAUAUACCGCCCUCAAGCAUCGUCGCCGACAUGCGCAACGCGUUGAAUGACCCUAAAUUCUCGGACGUCACGUUCCAGCUCGAUGGUAAGUUCUUACAACUGGGACUCGGACUCUAUUUGAGUCUAUUUGAGCAACGAAAGUAGAACCGUUGCGCGAUGGCGACGCACGUCGUCGAAUCGCAGAUGGAAAAUAAAUCAAUAUACCAAAAUAAAACAGAUGGCCGGGAGAUCCACGCACACAAGCUUUUGUGCAUCAGGUGCAUGUAUUUCAAGGCCAUGUUCGAAGGGCAACUACGGGAGGCGAAUCAGCGGGUAAUACCCAUCAAAAAUAUUGCGUACGAGGUAUAACCUGCUCAGGUGUUACAAUCUCAAACGUUACAAUAGAAUCUGGAAUUUGUGUUGCAAGAAGUGCAUGAUCUACCCUACUCCCACAGGAUUACGCAUGACAAGUUUUGGAGUCCCAAUCCGCACUACAAUCUGGCGAAAUUUGUAUUGCAGAAAGUGGAAUGCUGUCCAAGUCUGUCGUGUUGAUCAUGCAAGACAAAUCUCAGAUUCUAUUGUAACGUUUGAGAUUGUAACGCUUGAGCAGGUCAUACGAGGUGUUUCACUCCCUACUCGAGUACCUCUACACGGACGACAUCGAAAUCUCCUUGAGCAUGGCCAUGGACCUCUUUGUGGCGGCAGACCAGUUUUUAUCCAAGUCCACAUCACAACUCUUCUCCCGAGCCCGACCUCAUUAAUUUGAAGGACGUGACAAGAUGACCUGCGACCAACGAGGGAGCAGAUGACGAAAUGUAAUUUCUGCGUGAUGACAAGUCUGUGUACUAUGCCUAUGCGUUUGGUUAUGGACGCUAUUGGAGGUCUUUGCGGUCACCAGAAACUUGUCAUGCAAGGUGCUGCUAAGACUAAAAAAAAGGCAACAGUAUCUGUAAAUUUACAGUUCUUGUUGCGUUAAGUAAAAAUACAUAGUGCAGGAUCGCAAAUGAGGGAGAGCGCUGGGAGGAGUAGAGGUUGUGGACCACCGUGAUACCUUGGCGUGGAACGUCUCAAGAAACUGUGCGAGAAGAAGAUUCUGGUCUCCAUCAACACGGAAAAUGCCGCUACCAUCCUGCAGGCGGCGAACUUGCACCAUGCUCUCGGCCUCCGCCAGUCCUGCAUGGAUUUUAUCCUCACGCAUUUCGAUACCGUCUCCAAGACGUCAGCGUUCGAAGGAAUGGGCCGCAACAACGUCGAGCUCGUCUUUGAGAUACUCAAAAGACGCUGACCAGACCGCUGCUCGGGGUGGGAUAAGGUGGCGUGUUCGCUCCGAGUGUCGAAACUUCUCCGGCCGAAGAUGCACUUGGAAUUUCGUUUUACUUUGUCACUUCUAGAACACAGACUGACCAGACGGUUUUUUUCAAAUUAUACUAAUACCACUUAUGAUUCACAUUCUCGAUAAUGUUAGUCAAUCAAGGAAAAAACGGACGCACUUUUUUACUCCAGAUAUAGUGCUGGAUGGAUGAAGAUAAAUUGAAUAUUAUGCUAACAAAACUGCGGAGCUUUCCGGUGGGAGAGACCAAAUCCCCCUCAUUAAGAUGAUCAUCGAAAUUGUCGGCGGAUGUUGAGACAUGAACUGCAAGCCCGUGCUGAG